GUAGCACACGAUCAUGGAUCUCCAGCUUGAAUUAUCCAGGGCCUUACAAAAUCGAGAUCUGAACACUUUCGAAGGAGCUCUAAAACUACAUGCUAAUCCCAAUCAGCCCGAUGGCUCUAACAUUACAAUCUUUGAGAAGGCGUUGGCCACCGCAGGCUGUGGAGAAUAUAUUAAGCUUUGUCUUCAAUACGGUUGCAGUGGAAAUUAUAUUAAUACAAAAAAUAAAGCUGCUUUAAAUUUUGCCAGCGACUCGCGAGACAGUGGAAAUCUUAAAGUGAUACUUGACCAAACAACAGUUCAUUUAAACAACAAAUACAAUGGCCUGACGCCAAUAAAUUCCUUGGCAAAAAACUUGACAGCUGAAAAUGCCAACGAGAUAACAAAGUGCAUAAGGUUACUCUUGGAGAAGGGCGCGUGUCCAAACAUUGCGGAUAAUGUGGAAAUGAGACCCUUGAACUAUGUGAUCAUCAAGAAAAUUGAGCCCAACAUAAAGCAAGAACUUGUCGACUUAUUCCUUCAUCGAGUUGACAUCUAUUUAGAUGAAGAGCUGCAUGCUCCUUUGUUGCAGUGGAAUCCACAACUCAAUCUGCCCGAGGCAUCGAGUCCUUCGAACGAAGUUAAUAAGGAACAGUUGCUGGGAGCUUUACGCACUAGGAAUGAGGGGCAAUUUUGCCAAUGGCUCAGCAAAUAUGAGGGAGAUUGUAUCCAUUUGUACGAGGAGUGCAUAACGAAUGGCCAUGAUACAGCCCUCGAUUCUCUGCUGCAACAUUAUCCCACAAAGGAUAGGCAAAUAUUCGUGGAAUUUGCAAUUGCGUAUGGCAAUUGGUAUGCUCUGGACAAGCUGCUGCAGAACUGGCAAAUGCCCAAGAAUAUGGAUGUGCUUAGCUCCCUUGUCUGCAGAUUGGACGAGAGACCGCAAAAGAGUUUUAGUGACUUUGUCAAAUGCUUUGACAUUCUGCUGGGCAGUGGCCAAGUGAAUUUGAAUAUACAGGAUAAGAGUGGUAGAACCCCACUGCACUAUGCUACAAUAUACAAUCAUGAGUACGCUGUGCAGCAGCUGCUACUCCAUGGGGCUAGCCUCAACAUUGACAGUGUGUUCGCAGAGUUGGCUAUCGAUACCAUUGAGCCCGAGGUGCUGGAGGAACAUUUUGACAACUGCAUCACAUCGAAUGGCAAAAGUCGGGCUGCUGGGGACUUUGCGGUGACGCUUAACUUCAAGACAUUUAAGAUUCCCCAUGAUAUGAAGUUUUCGCGGAAAUCGCAUUCCAGUGAAAUGAGAGCAAUUCGCGCUAUUGGCGAAUCGAAGACGCAUCGUCAUCUUCUUAAUCAUCCGUUGAUUACGUCACUCAUAGUGUGUUUUAAAUGGCAAAACAUUUCAAAACAACAUUACUUUUACUUUAUGAUGUCAGUGGCCUUGUAUCUAUUGAUGUCACUCAACAUAAUUUUUAUAUAUACCCCUGAAGUCCAUGGAAUACUUAAGUUUACCUUUAUGGCAUUAUCCUGGUGCGGUAUUGCAUAUUUGAUAACUGUCGAGAUGGCUAUGUUUGUACUACUCGGAUUUAAGCAGCAUUUCAAGAGAUGGAGAUGGAUUAAUGCAAGUCUCGUUGUGCUCGCAGCGUGCAGCAACAUUCUUGCUGAUCCCAAUUCGAGUCUUGGCACUGCACGUAUCUUUGCAGCAUUUACAAUUGUUUUGAUUGCCAUUAGGUUGACCGCUCUUAUUGGAUCGUUGCCCGCAAACUUUCUCUCUCUGUAUGUUCUCAUGCUUUGGGAAGUGUGUUAUACAUUCGUGAAAAGCUGGUUACCAUAUUCAAUUUUGAUGAUUGCCUUUGGAUUAUCCUUUUAUUUGCUCGACGUACUAAAUUCAUCGGAUACGAGCAUCGCUGGUGCUGUCAUAAAGACGAUCGUCAUGUCAACCGGAGAAUUUGAAGAAAGCAGUAUAAAGUUUAAAGGAUUAUUCUUCGCUCGUCUAUUCUUUAUCGCAUUCGUAUUGUUCAUUGCAAUUGUGUUGAUGAAUCUGUUGUCUGCUUUGGCAUUCAGUGAUAUUCAGGCUAUCCAAGCUGCUGCUGAAAUUUAUAGUCUUAAUUCCCUUGUUGAUUUGCUGAUGUUCUAUGACAUGUGCCUCGAUAAAUAUAAAUUUUUAAAGAAGUUUUUAAAAUCUACUGAAAUUCCAGAGCUGGCAUUUGUAUAUCCAAACAAAGAAAAAAUUGAAAUAACGCCCACAAAUAAUGUCGAAAUGGAACCCCUUAUUAACGCCAACGCUACAACUGAAAAGAGGAUAAAUAUACCUCCAGCACGUGUUAUUAUAAACUUGAGCAAAGUGACGGUCAAACGAAUCCAUCAAAUAUUGGAGAGGCGAUUAAAAAGAAAGAGCAAUUGUUUAUAAAUUAAUGAAAACAAAAUUGCAUAUAUUAAUUUAACGUUGAGUUAAUUAGUAAACAAAAUAAAAAUGGAAACUGCAAUUAAUUAAUUGUAUUAUAUGUACCAUACAACAUUUUUUUGACUUACUGCAUAGCAAUCAACGCACAAUCCCAAUCAUUGGAUGUACUUUUCAAGUAUUCAAGCAGCAUUGGCUAACUAAUGGGUAAUUCCAUGACGGAAUUUGUCCCGUGCGAGACUUUUUACAUUGAAAAUAACAUAAACUGAAACAAUUUUAAAAAUAAGAAACGGUUAUUUUUAUAGCUCUAGAUAAGUACUUUAAUUAGACCUAAGAAUGAUUUUUGAAUUUGCUUUCUGUUUUGUGUUCUGUUGUGAUAAUUGCAAAAAUUAACAAAUUCGUACGCAAAACCAAAAAAUGAACGAAUUUAUAUAUCUUAUCAUAAAACAGAACAAGUUCCUAAAAUCAAUCUUAGAUCUAAAUAUAGUGCUUAUCUAAAGCUUUAAGAAUAACAUUCACUUAUUUUUAAAAUUGUUUCAGUUUAUGUUAUUUUCACUGCAGUGCACUGUAAAAAGUCUCGCACGGGACAAAUUCCGUCAUGGAAUUACCCAUAUGUAAGUAAAUGUACCUGGUCACAAAUUGAUUACAACAAUUCGCGGUAAAUUCUGACACAAUUUUCAUAUAACAUAUGUAUAUUAGAUAUUCUUACAAUAUAAACGUUAUUUUAACAAAAUGCGACGCGGGAAAA